UCUCAUCCUUCUUACUGAGAAGUUUAUUCACAAAAGAGUUUCUCGCUUUUUCUUUAAUCAUGGAGAGGAAGCAAACCCAAGGCCGAAAGAAGAUUGAAAUGAAGAUGAUAGCCAAUGAAAACGCAAGAAGGAUUACCUUCUCAAAGCGUAGACAUGGGCUUUUCAAGAAAGCAAGCGAGCUCAGUACCUUAUGUGGAGUAGAUAUGGCCAUUGUCCUCUUCUCCAUGGGAGGCAAGGCUUUCUCUUUUGGAAAACCUAAUGUUGACUCGAUUGUAGACCGCUUUCUGAACCAAAAUGCGCAACCAAGUGAAGGCGUCUCCAGCCAUGCCACCCGGCACUAUGAUGCCACUGUGCACCAACUCAACCAACAAUUCCAUGACCUGAGAAAGCGAUUGGAAGCCGAGAAAAAGAAAGAGAAAAUUGUUCAAAACAUGAGUAACAACAACCAUGACUUGCUAAGUUGUAGGUUUGAUGCAUAUGUUAAUCAGCUUGAUUUGCAACAGCUUGAACAAUUAAAAAAGUCUAUGGAGGAGCUUAAGAAAAACGUGGCUCAGAGAGUUGAUGAAUUGAAUUCGGAGGGUUCUUCCAAGCAUGCACAAGAAGAAGAACAAGUGGAAAACACUGAAAUAAAUGACAAUGAUGUUUCUACUAUUCCCCAUGAUUGGUUAAGGUUGUGA